AUGAUCUGUUGUUCCAUCUGUCUGGAUCUACUGAAGGAUCCGGGGACGAUUCCCUGUGGACACAACUACUGCAUGGACUGUAUUAAAACCCACUGGGAUGGAGAGGAUGGGAGGGGUCCUCUGUGCAGGAAGACCUUCACGCCCAGACCCGUCCUGGUGAGAAACAGCAUGUUAGCAGAGUUAGUGGAGGAGAUGAAGACGACUGGACUUCAAGCUGAUCUCUGCUAUGCUGGACCUGAAGAUGUGACCUGUGAUGUCUGCACUGGGAGGAAGGUGAAAGCUGUCCAGUCCUGUUUGGUCUGUCUGGCCUCUUACUGUGAGAAACAUCUCCAACCUCACUAUGAUGCUCCUGCUUUUCAAAAACACCAGCUGGUGGAUCCCUCCAAGAAGCUCCAGGAGAACAUCUGCUCUCUCCACCAUGAGGUGAUGAAGAUCUUCUGUCGUACCGAUCAGCAGAGUAUCUGUUAUCUGUGUGCAAUGGAUGAACAUAAAGGUCAUGAAACAGUUGCAGCUGCAGCAGAAAGAUGUGAGAAGCAGAAGGAGCUGGAGGUGAGUCGACAACAAAUCCAGCAGAGAAUCCAGGUCCGAGAGAAAGACGUGGAGCUGCUUCAGCAGGAGGUGGAGGACAUCAACGUCUCUGCUGAUAAAGCAGUGGAGGACAGUGAGAAGACCUUCAACGAGGUGAUCCGCCUCCUCCAGAAAAGCAGCUCUGAUGUGAAGCAGCAGGUCAGAUCCCAGCAGGAACAUGAAGUGAGUCGAGUCAAACAUCUUCAGGAGAAACUGCAGCAGGAGAUUACUGACCUGAAGAGGAGAGAAGCUGAGCUGGAGAAGCUCUCACACACAGAGGACCACAACCAGUUCCUCCACAACUACCCCUCACCGUCACCCCUCAGUGGCUCCACACUCUCAUCCAGCAUCCAGAUUCGUCCUCUCAGGUACUUUGAGGACGUGACAGCAGCUGUGUCAGAGACCAGAGAGAAACUACAGGACCUUCUGAGAGAGACGUGGACAAACAUCUCACUGUCAGUGGCUGAAGUUGAUGUUUUACUGUCGGAACCAGAACCAAAGACCAAAGAUGGAUUCUUGAAACUUUCUCAAGACAUCACUCUGGAUCCAAACACAGCUCACAAACAUCUGUUUAUAUCUGAUGCCAACAGAAAAGUGACUUUAAUGAAAAAAGAACUGUCUUAUUGUGAUAAUCCAGGCAGAUUCACUAAUUGGUGGCAAGUGCUGAGCAAGCAGAGUAUGAGUGGACGGUGUUACUGGGAGGUGGAGGUGAGAGGAGAAGCAGUUUGUGUUGCAGUGGCGUACAAGAACAUCAGCAGAGCGGGGAACCUGCAAGGUUGUGGGUUUGGAUACAACCAGGAAUCUUGGGCGUUACAAUGUUACACAGACGGUUACACACUGCGGUACAACAACAUUAAAACUCCUGUUUCAGGUCCUCCUUCCUCCAGAGUUGGAGUGUACCUGGACCACGGAGCUGGUCUUCUGUCCUUCUACAGCGUCUCUGAGACCAUGACCCUCCUCCACAGAGUCCAGACCACCUUCACCCAGCCGCUCCACGCUGGACUCUGGCUUUCAUAUCGUGGAGCCUCUGUUGAGCUCAUGAAGUUGAACCUGCUGCAAGACCUCCAACAUCAUCCCUGUUCCCAAGAGGCCAAGGACCACAGGACCUACCGACCUCAGACCGUCACCCCGACCUCUGUGAAAGCCCAGCAGAGGAAGUUCUUCCUGCAGCAGCUGAAGAAAUUCACCCUGCCAGAGACCAUGAUGCACUUCUACAUCACAGUUGGAUAA